UGAGAAUGGGUGGUUUUCAGAGGGUUUUGGCGAUCAGAGAUUUUGAGAGAGAAUCUGAGAGAUGGGUUGCGUCUGAAACAAAGAAAAUUUCAGAACAAAAUUCCGGGAAAAUAUGGGGUAGGAAGAAAAUGGGCGUGAGAAAAUUGUGGGUGUGGUAAUUGGGAAAAGAGAUUUUUUUAAAAUUUUUUUUUUAUCUGUUUGUUGUUUGAGUUCGCUGACAAUUCUCCGAUCUUACAUUUGCCUGAAACUUCUCGAGCCCUUUGGAUUUCCGUGUGUGCAGAUUACAACGUUGAGUCAUUGCUUGUUCAUCUAUUUUCAGGACUUUUCUUUUGGAUUCUGAGAACUGGUAGUUGGUGAAGUGUAUAUUUGUUGAAAGAAGUUUGUACAGUCCUGGUUCUUUGUGGUUGAUGUGCUAAUCGUGGUAUGAUUUUGGAGAAAUGGUGUUGCAGAAGAGGUUGGAUUAUGGAUUCAAUGGCUUUCAGGUGCCGGUCACUCCUCGAGCUCCGAGAUCAGCGAGGAGAAGGAGUACAAUUAGCAAGAGAGAUGAAGACAAUUCAAUGGGUGCAUUUGACUUAUUGGCCACCGUAGCUGGCAAGUUAUUGCUCGAGGGAGAGAGUUCUCCUGCUUCCAGUCAUACAUCGACUGGAAAAGAAAAGUGUUCAAUCGUUAAUGACAGUUGUCCGGAUGGAGACAAGCCAUUGAAAGUGGAACCUUGUGAUCAAGGUAGCUGUGACAGGAAAUUCUUUGUGUCUGACAAUAUCUCACAGGGUCAUAAUCAAAGUUGCAGCUCAAAGGAGUCUCCAGUUCAUCAGAAUGAAAGCCAUUCUGUAAUGACAACUUCUAAUUGCUCGGAGAGGUUUGUUUCUGAUAUGUUGGUGGGUGGAAAAUGUAAGAAUGAAAUAGGAAGUUUUACUAGCAAAGUACAGGCAGGAUCCUCAGUGUACAGGGAGUCUGGUGAAUGUAAAUUAGAUGGUGAAGCUAAAGUAAUAGUAAAAGAUGAGACUAAUAAGAGGGGGGAGGUGCUAAUUGGUACUGGGGCUGAUAUGUGCAGUUUAGAGGACCCUAUGGUCUGGGAAGGGGAACCUCCCGCACUUGUCAGUUCAGAUAGUAGUACCAAGGUGCCUAUUUGUGUAGACCAUAUCCCUCAGAAACCUAUCCUUGCUAGCAGGGAUGAUGUAAAAAUAGUUAGUAGAGAUGAUGACGAAAAUUCCUCUGGGUGUACUCACCCUAGUACCACCACAAGGUAUCUAAGGACCGCACAGCGGAUUGGUGACCGAAGAAUAAGGAAAGUAUUGGCUUCAAGGUAUUGGAAAGCAGCUCCAAAGAUGAAGGAUGGGGCAUAUUCUAAUUCUUAUAGGGAUAUGCGACCAAUUUACCAUGGCAGGAAGAAUGGUUACAAACGCCAGAGAUCUCAGAUGAAUAUGCCUUUUAAGAAGAGGAGGCUUUUUGACCGUAGCACAGUUCUAAAAUCCAAUGGAGGUAUUAGUAGUGAGAGCUUCUUUGACUCAGGUGAGAAGGGAAUCACUGGAAAUGCUCCUGCCUCAUGUUCAAAGAUGCAAGGAGCCAAUGCGAUAUCUUCUUCAGUAGCAGGUCAACAUUCAGCUUUCCAAUCUAGGAAUUCUCAUGUGAAGCUCAGGAUCAAGUCCUUCAGGGUGCCAGAACUAUUCAUUGAAAUUCCAGAGACUGCAACCGUUGGUUCAUUGAAGAAGACUGUUAUGGAUGCAGUAACAGCUGUACUUGGCGGUGGAUUGUGUGUUGGUGUCCUUCUUCAGGGAAAGAAAUUAAGAGAUGACACUAAAACUCUACAACAGACAGGAAUUUCUCAAGAUGACCAGAUAGAUUCUUUGGGAUUUACUUUGGAACCUAACCCUCCCCACACUCCCACACCGCUAUGUUCUGGAGAUUCUCCCCGUAUGCUUCCUUGCGACGUACUUCAGCCUUUAACAAGGUAUGCACCUGAUCCUAGUAGUGAAGCCUCACUCGAGCCUCAUAUGGCUGCUUUAGGAAGCUUCAUCGAAAGUGAUCAUGAUUCAGCACCCUCUCCAACCGAUACGUCCGCUGACAAAAGCACGACAGAUUCUAAAGCUCUGGUUGUUGUGCCAGAAAUGAGUGCAGAGGCACUAGCUGUAGUUCCUGGGAACAGGAAAUCAAAGCGGUUCGAUAUUGGGCAGCGCCGAAUUCGUCGACCCUUCUCUGUUGCUGAAGUGGAAGCACUUGUUCAGGCGGUUGAGAAACUCGGUACUGGAAGAUGGCGUGAUGUGAAGAUGCGAGCUUUUGAAAAUGCCAAGCAUCGAACUUAUGUGGAUUUGAAGGAUAAGUGGAAAACACUAGUGCACACGGCAAGAAUAUCUCCUCAACAAAGGAGAGGUGAGCCUGUCCCCCAGGAACUCUUGGACCGGGUCCUUACCGCGCAUGCUUACUGGUCCCAGCAGCAAGCGAAGCAACAGCUCAAACAUCCCGAGAGCUGUGUUCUGGUCUGAACAAAAAUAGAAUGGGAAAUUGGUGGGGUUUAGAAGGGUAUGUCUAGAAUUAUCGAAUUAAUUUUUUCUUUGUAUCUUUGUUAAUGAUGUAAAAAAAGUAAUGACAAAAAGGAGUAUAAGUUGAAGAAAAGGUAUGUAAUAUCUGUGGGUGGCUCUUUCUUUCUUUUUCCUUCGGUACUUUCCCUGAAUGGAGAGGCUGGGGUUUUGUAAAUGGUUGACUGAAUAAGAAGAGGAGAGAUUGCUGACAGAAUUCUUUCGAAACCCAAAGAUGUUGUUGGUGUUUCCCUGAUGUUUUUUCUUUGCUCAUUUCCGUUGAAGAAGAUGUAGGAAUCGAAGCUGCUACUGUUUGUGGAGCUUUGGUACAUUGGUCUGUAAUUUUCCUUUAGUUACUUAGGCAUUGAUGCAAUGCGGUUACUUCUUGUAAUAUUGUUUCAAUUUGCAAUGGAUAUAUAUUUUGAGGGUCAACUUGGCCUUCUCCAA